AUGGUAGGAGGGGAUUUUAUUGUCAUUGUUAAUGAGGAAAAGCUUGGAGGUUUACCAUUUACUCAGCAUGAAGCCUAUAAUUUUACUCAGUAUAUUAAUAACUGUGGGUUAUCUGAAGUGAAGUUAACUGGUAGCAAAUACACUUGGUGGAAUGGGAGGAUAGAGGAAGACUGUAUGCUAAAAAGGCUGGAUAGAAUCAUGGGGAACAGUACUUUUAUGAAUACGUUUCCUUCUUCAGAAGUUAGUCAUCUAAUUAGGCAGGGAUCAGAUCAUGCUUCUAUACAGAUUAUAUGCAGAACAGAGGAAAAGAACAUCAUUAGGCCUUUCAGAUUUUUGAAUUUUUGGACAAAACAUCACCAAUUCAAAGAGGUGGUUCAAGCAAACUGGAAGACUGAUAUUAUGGGCAAUCCAUUUAUGAUUUUUCAUGCUAAAUUGAAAAAUGUGAAGAAAGCUUUGAUUAAAUGGAGUAGAUAUAUGUUUGUUAAUAUUUUCCAACAUAUUCCAACUAUUGAAGACAUUAUCAAGACAAAGGAGGCUCAAUUUGAGAUAAGAUCUUCAGCUGAAAAUAGGAUGGAGCUAAAUAGAAUGGAGGCUGAAUUAAAGAAAUUUCUCAGGUUUGAAGAAGAAUUUUGA